AAUUUUAGAUUAAAAUUGACAAAUUAACGCAUCUAGAAGUCAACGAAAUGUGGUGAUCGCUGACGACCAACCGGCGGUCACCAAAAACGUGUUCCCCCUUUUAACCCUAUUUAAAUCCCAUCAAUCCCCACUUAUUAUUCAAUCCAAUUAUCUUUCUCAAAAUCAAAAUUUCUUCAAACUCAAUCAACAAUGUCUCAGACUGUUGUUCUUAAGGUUGGCAUGUCAUGUGGCGGCUGCGUUGGGGCCGUGAAGAGGGUUCUUGGCAAAAUGGAAGGGGUGGAAACUUUUGACAUUGAUCUGGAGCAACAAAAGGUGACCGUGAAGGGUAAUGUACAACCGGAUGCAGUUCUGCAGACAGUUUCCAAGACCGGAAAGAAAACCGAGUUCUGGCCAGCUGAAGGGGCUUCGGCUACCGCUUAGUCACUGUGUACUGAUGGUUUUUGGAGCAUGGUAUUGUGUUCUAUAGAUUGUGUUUUUCUUGUUUUCUGUAAAGCUAAAACUAUCCUGUGACUGUAACAUUUGGUAUUUUGGAUUUGAAUAAAUGCUAGAACAUUACAUUAUCUA